AAUCGCUAUGCUUUCAUUGGCGCGCCGGAUCUUCAACCCGUCAAAACGAAAACACAGACACGAGGCCCACAACAAUGAGGUAAUCGGUCAUAGAUUUGCCAUGAUCUUUGCAAUACUUUGAAAGGAUUUUAUCGAGGACUUAUUUGUUAUAACUUCGAUCAUAAGUAACCACUAAAACUGAAUUCCUCUUCCUUUCUGGUCGGGGUGAAAAUCGUCAAAAACCAUGAGGCCAUUAUUGGCUGUUUCCCUUCUCAUCCUCGCCUGUCACAUCCAUCUCGGCGCAUCGUUCAGCGAUAAAGCGGCUCUGGGAGCUCGUCUUAUGCGGAGUAUCGAAGCUAAGUCCAAAGCUAAACAGGCAGGAGUAAACGAGGCAGACACGUUAUCCGCGGAAAUGAAGAAGCAGAUGAAACGAAUCGAUGCUCUUGAAGACAUUUUUGUCGGUUCCUCCGGCUCAGCCAAGGCGAAAAAAAGCUCGAAGGUCGAAACUUCCGUACGCUCUUGGGUGGACGACGAUACUCAGAAAUUGGACAACGAUUUGAUGAAAAACGAUGAUUCCUACGCUAAAAUUGUGAAACGAAGUGCAGAUAAGAAUAAAGCCUCACAAGAUCAAGACGGAUUAAAUUCAAAAGAAAAGGCAAAAACUCUACGAAGCUCGGACGAGGAGUCGAAGAAAGCUUCGGACGAGGACGAGGACUCAUCGCUUGAAGAGGAAUUGGAGAAUGACAAGGGUAGCACUGGUUUCAGCGAUAAUACUGAUCUCGUGAGUCCAAAUUCGAAGAAAUCGGAAAUUCCGGUAAAGCCGAAAGAUACCGAGAACAGUCCUCUUGAUGGAGAUUUGAUGGGCGGAACAGGCGCGAUCGAAGGGGAUCUUGAAUCCGAUAAGAAUGAAGUGAAAAGCAAAGACGAUGAGAAAUCUGAGGCGAAAAAAGACGACGAGAGUUCUGCUGGAAGUGAUGAAAAGGACUCCGGAAACGCGAAUACAAAUUCCGGGGAUGACGAGGAACAUACCAAAGACGACGACAAGAGUUCCGAGAAUGAUAGCAAGAGUUCUGAGAACGAUAAAGGGAGUUCUGAUAGCAAAGAAGAUAGUUCUAAGGAAGAAAGCGAGGAUUCUAAGGAUGCAGAAAAAGAUUCUAAGAACGAAGAUGAGGAUGGCAAUGAAGACGAAAAGAGUUCCAAUAAGGAUGAAGAAACGUCUGAGAAAGACGAGAAAGCUUCUGAGAACGAUGAAAAUAGUUCCGAGAAAGACGUCGACGAGAAAACGUCGAAGAGCGAUGAAAAUAGUUCUGAGAAAGAUGAUAAAACUUCUGAGGACGACGAGAAAGCUUCGAAGAACGAUAAAAAUAGUUCCGAGAAAGAGGAGAAAGCCUCUGAAGAUGACGAGAAAACUUCGAAGAACGAUGAAACCAGUUCUGAGAAAGAUGACAAAAGUUCUGAGGACGACGAGAAAGUUGCUAAGGACGAUACCAAAACAGCCGACAAAAAUGAAGAUAAAAAUCCUAUCGGAGUCAAGAAGUCCGAGAGUAAUGUCAAAAACCAAGAUCCCCAUGACUGGGACAAGAAAUCCAAGAUUCCUGUUCAUAUAGAUGAUUCAGAUUUUGAAGACACUGAUGGAAAGAAAAUUGCCGAAAAUUUCGAACUCGGCGACCGUGAUUCCGAGAAAGAUUUCCGGAAACCUGAGGAAGGCUCGAGUUACGAGAAAUACGAAAACCCAUCUGGGGACGAUUUCUACUUCUCGAAUGACGAAGCUAGCGGAAAGAAAGAGGACGACGAGCGCAAAGAAAAGAAUGAAGCUUCCGCUGACAAGAAGGUCGGCUGCCGCACUGUGUGUUCACCACUCAUGGACUACGAGACAUGCGCAGUGCCAAGAUGCGACUACAAAAUAGGGACGAUCAAAGAUCUAUGUCAGUAUUUAUGUCACCAUCAGAAAGAGCGUUGCGAAGAGGUUUGCUAUUAAUGCACAACUCUGAGCGCGUUGUAUAAACAUCGGUCCGUUUAAGCCAAACGGUCAGUGAUAGAUAACUAAUUGUUUUCACUAGUAACAAGCACAAACACUUGUAUAAAUUGUGCCGCCAGAAUUUUGUAAUACGACAUCAUAUACUACAUGGUUACAACCAUGUAUGUUCAAAUUCCUAAAGCUUACGUGUCUUUGAUGUUUGUAUUUCUAGGGUUUAAAGAGCUGGGGCCGGUUGUAUAAAACUCUUAUAACUACCUUUUAAGCAGUUAAAUCGUGGUUAACUAGAAAAUACAUUAUUCUGAUUGGCCAAUUCUGCCAGUAACUAUAGUUAAAAGUAAACUACCUUUUUAUACAACCGGCUCAGUCCUAAUUUUGAAAAUAGGUCGCUAUGAGUUUGCCAAAUUUCACUAAUUAGCAAAAUUUCUCUAUAUCUGCUUCGAUCUGCUUAGUAUGGUAAUUCCACAUUGGAGAGAAUUUUUGCAAGUGGGCGAUAUUUGUCAUCUGACAUGACAUAUCGAUUGGUCGGCAUAGGUCUGUAAUCAAUCAAAGGUCUGUAAUCCGCGCAGGCAGAUUCUGGUAAAAAUAAAGCGAUUUUUUAAUUACUUCAAUUACAGUUUAUACAGAUAUUCCACCAUCAAAAAUAUACAAGACGUCGUUGCGUUAAUCCUACGAGUAUUUUACAUUAUCAAGAAGAGA